AUGGAUGAAGUAAAUAUCAAAUAUCUCAGUCAAUUCAAUCCAAUUCUGAUCGUACCUGUGUUAUCAGCCGUUGUGGGGGCCAUCUUAGUAUUUGUAUUUGGCUUCAAGCGUCCAAAUGAGCCACGAUUCCAAUCAAGUUCAUCGAUAGACUCUCUGAAAAAGUCCAAACGAAAAGCAAACACAGCAAAAGUUUCAGAUAACGCUGUUCAAUCGUCAAAGCCACAAAUUGUUUCAUCAGCCAAAAUAGGUGCUAGCAAAAAGGCAACCGAUGCAGCAGCUGCUGUUACAAGUAAAAAAGGACCUGCAAAUGAAAAGUCUAGCAACAAUAACAAUAACACAAGCAGCAGCAACAACAACAUUAGUAAGAAAAAGACUGAUGAGAAAAAGUCUGAGAAUGGCUCGCCCACGAAAAAGAUUGCCAAUAAAAAGACCGGCAAAGAAUCGGCAAUUCCGAUGAGCAAAAAGUCUAAAGCAAACAAAAACUUUUCGUCCGAUAGUAAUGGAUACAAUGAAAAACCUGCCGAUUUUGAUGAUGGCGGUUGGUUCACGGUCCAAUCAAAAAGCACCAAGCAAAAAAAUAAGAUCGACGAUUCUGCUGGAAAUCAAACCGAGAAUGCGUCGCCAAAAGUGCAAGGUACAAAAAAUAAUAAAUCAUCAAAAGGUGCAAAAGCAGAAAGAAAACAGUCAGCUGCGCAAACUAUUCUUACCGAAUUAAAAAGUGCUUCCGAUGAUUCGGUGCCCGAACAACCAGCCACCGAACCAAAAAGUAACACCGCAAAUGCUGUUGAUGCACCGACACCAACAACAACAUCAACAUCACCACCAGAACCAACAGCGACAGCAGCCGCUGAUAGUGAACCAUCUGUCGUCGCAGUUGAAUCAAAUUUCGAGAAACAACCCUUGGCUUCUGUUUCACUUAAAGCUGCUGAGCUUAAUACAAACGACAAUGCGAUAGCCUUUGAUGAACUGGGUGAAUGGACCGACGCUAAGCCCGAUAGAAAGAGAGGUAACAAAAAGAAAUCUAGAAAAGACUAAUCCCUCUACCCGUCACAUUCACAUAUUAUUAAAUAUACUAAUUAACAAAAAAAAUUAAAUUAAAAAUGUUCGAUGUGUGACUAUAUAUCUAAAUGUAACCACUUAAGCCGUUGUCUUUUUUUUAUCGAGAAUAUAUUCGUGUAUAAUAAAUUGCCGGAGUUAAAUAAAAUAGAUAAUCGAAUCGAUAAUAUCUAUUUAAAUGUCAACAUAUAAAUCGGUUUAUGUACAAAAUUUGUACUACAAACAUCGGCAACAUCAACAAAUACAAGUAAAUAUAAUAGAAAAAAAUUCAAUAAAAAAUAUGAACUAACGAAACAAACAGAGAGAAAAGUAAAAACUAUUUAAAACGAACAUAUUUUUUAAAAAACUGAUGAUAUGAUGUCUUAAAGGCAACAUUUAAAUAUGAUAAAUGAGUGAUAAUGAUCGCCUUAAAUACAGAUUUUUAUGAUUGCAACAUAAAUGUAGCGCAAAACAAUAAGCCGGACAGAACACACGAAACGAUGAAUCCCGAAUAUAAGUUAUAUAAAAUACGCAAAAACAUAAGGAAAUAUUAGGAUUUGUCUUCCACACAAGAAAUCACAAUCAUUUAAAGAAAUGAAAGAAAAAAUGAAAGUUUAGUUUUAAGCAGCAAGAAGGGUAAAUAGGUGAAAGAUUAACAAAAAAAAUAAAUCAAUUGCCCAGCUAAGUGCUUGCAUCAUACGAAAAAUCAACCAAGUAAGAACUUCAUGAACUUGUUACGCUCAAAACAGAAUAGAACUGAGAUUUGAAAAAUAAAAUGGAAAUACAAAAAAAAUCACCGAGAAAAAGAAUUUGGAAAUGAGUAGAAAUUUUUUCAAUUCAUAUUUGUUUUUAUUUACUGCCGUAAAUCUACCACAAAUAUUUUGGUCUGACUGCAAUAUUGUCGUCAUUAAGAGAUUUAAUUUUCUGGACAUAUGAGCGUCAGCAUAUUUGAAAGCAUUAGUCUAUUACAUACAAAAAUGAAGAUAAAAAAUUGUGUAAAUACCGGGAUGGUCGACUGGUGUAAAUACAAUGAGCUUAUUGAUAUGCAAUGAUGAUGGUGCAAUGCAAUGGUGUGAUUUUUUUUUGGUUCGAACUGUUAUAUUAUUCUUUUUUUACAAUUGUCACAGCUAUAAAAACCAAUCAUUUCAAAUAUCUCAAAAAUAUCGAAUUAAGUUAUGUUUGUAAAAACUUACGUUUUCCAAUGGAUUUUCUUUUGUUUUUGUUUUGUAUUUGCUAAACUAUUAAUAUAAUUUGCAUUCGAAUGACUUGUUUUUUUUUCUUCAAAUUAUUUCUUUAACGUUCGAUUUCCAAACACUUACUUUACUGAAAUAAGUUAAGACGUUUUGUACUCAGCGAUUUGAUACGGAAAGGGCAGAAAAAUCUUCAACAAAAUAAUACUUUUUUUUGAAUAUUUUCCAUGCGAUUUCCAUUUGUUUAAGUGCCAACACCCUCGUUACAAUACCUUUUCAAAUACAUACAUUUGACGUAAAAGACUUCAAAAACUUCCACUUCAAGAUAUUUCUUUUUAAAGAGAAAGGUUAGAUAUUAGCAUAACUUACGUCAUUUAACGUUGAUCAUACAUUUUUCUAUUCACAACGUUCGUUCAAAUUGGUGUUCAUUUUUUUUGUCGAAAAAUUUGUGCGAGAAAUUGAAAUUUCAACAAACACGAAGUCUAUAAUUUUAUAGACAAUUUCAAAAAAUUCACGUUCUCGCUAAAACCCCAGAGCAAUAGCAAUUACGAAAAGCUUAAAUUUCUAUGUUGUUAACAGAUUACACAAAACAUAUUUUUUUAGAUUACAACACAUUUAUACAACAAAAAAUGAAUAAAAUGUGAGACUUUAAUGUAAAUGACAGUUUGUUAUUGAAACAAUCAAUUUAAUACUAUACUGAAUAAAUUCAAAUUGAUGUACUCAAA